AGCGCUCACUCAUGUCUAGACUGUGUGAUCAGUCGGGCAGGAGCGGAGCUGGGAGGCGCAACACGCACCGAGAACUCUGAGUGCAAACUUCAAGAACAAGGCUCAACCUCGGAGAGCGUAUUUUGACAUGGGAUAUUGUUUCACACCCUCGUUCUGGAUUAUAGAUUUCGAAGGAUAUAGGAAAACAUAUUGAGACUUUUUUAUUGGUUGCAAUAAUGAUCUUGGAUUCCAAACCUCGUUCCUUCCGGACUUUAUAGACCUAGGACUUCAUCUGACGUUUUUUAAAGUGCACUCUUAAAUGUCAGCCAAAUCAGACACAGGCUUACUAACACUCCAUCAUGGAUAACAUAACUCUUGAUAACAUAGCUGCGGACAAUGACACGCUGGUGCAGGACAACCAGACCCUUGGCAUGUGGACCGAUUACAGCAUCGAAUACAAAGUGGCCAGCAUCUUCCUAGUGUCUCUGAUCUGCGGGGUGGGCAUCGUGGGGAACGUCAUGGUGAUCAUGGUGGUGCUCACCACCAAACACAUGCGGACCCCGACCAACUGUUACCUGGUGAGCCUGGCCGUGGCGGACCUCAUGGUCCUGACCGCUGCGGGUCUGCCCAACAUCUCAGAGGCCGUUUACGGAGAGUGGGUGUACGGCUACGUGGGGUGCCUGGGCAUUACUUAUUUCCAGUACCUGGGCAUCAAUGCGUCUUCGUGCUCCAUCACGGCGUUCACCGUGGAGCGCUAUAUCGCAAUUUGCCACCCCAUAAAAGCGCAGUUCUUGUGCACUCUUUCCAGGGCGAAAAAGAUCAUCAUAGUAGUGUGGGCUCUAACCUCGGUCUACUGUGUCAUGUGGUUUUUCCUCUCAGACACUAAGGAAUUAGUUUAUGACAACGUCGUUCUCGUCACCUGCGCGUACAAAGUGUCCCGAAAUUACUAUCUGCCGAUUUACUUCACGGACUUCGCGGUCUUUUACGUGCUGCCACUCAUGUUGGCCACCAUCCUGUACGGACUUAUUGCAAAGAUUCUCAUCCUGAAUCCGCUGCCUUCAGACCCCAAGGAAAAAACGAAGAAAUGGAAGAAGGAGCUGCAGGGAGGGAGGAUCAUCACUAGUACAAAUACUUCUAGCAGUACAACAGCUGCGUCCCGUAAACAGGUGACCAAGAUGUUGGCUGUGGUCGUCGUCCUAUUUGCGUUGCUAUGGAUGCCGUACCGGACCCUGGUGGUGGUGAACUCCUUCCUGCACACUGUGUACCAGGACACAAACUUCCUGCUCUUCUGCCGGCUGUGCAUCUACCUGAACAGCGCCAUCAACCCGGUCAUUUACAACGCAAUGUCGCAGAAGUUUAGAGCCGCGUUCAAGAAGCUGUGCCACUGCGGCGCCCGGCGGGCCCCGAAGCCGGCAUCCUGUAGCGUACAGCUGACCUACAGCGUCAUUAAGGAGACGUCCAAUGGGGAGAGCCCUGACCACUUCACCACAGAGAUGGAUGAGCUGGCCAGGCCCACCGAUCACUUCCUGCCCAGGAGCAUAUUGCCUGCCAAUCACAAGAUGUCUUAUGAGGAGCCCCACCUGUCAUCGAGUGUUGUAAAGGCCUGACUGAAGAAAAUUAUUAAAAUAAAUAUUAAUAUAUUUUAACCUGUAGAUGACAGCUGCCAUGUUCUCUUGAAGAAACAUGACGUUUAUGCCCACUUUUUACGCUACUUCGAGUUACAAUUGAUUUACUGUAUAAUAAUAUUGAAGAACUGCUUCCAGUGGCCUUCAGUUCCCAGAGCUUCUCAUUGAAAUAGAGAAUGUUCUAAGCUAAAACCCUGGUACUUAUGUUGAUUAGCCAUCACCAAUUGGGAUGUAUACCAAAAUGUAUUUAAUAUUUUCUUCAAUGAUGCCAAUUAUUUUUAACCCUGCCAUGGCCUCCUUACAGUAGUUAUUAUGAAAAAGCACACAGAAAGAACAAAGAUUAAAGAAAUGUUCCCGAACAAAUCCUAGAGCAGGAGUCAUACGAAGGUACACUCUUCUGAAAUAACAAAUUUGCUCAGUUUGCCUUUAGUUAUAUAUUAAUAUUAAUGAUUAAUGAUAGUCAUCUAUAUGAAGACAUGUUAAUUAAUUAAGUCAUGUUAAUGAUUUCUCACAAUAAUUAUCAACAAUGACUUAAAAAAGGUGGGAAAGAGUUGUUCAAGAAUGAGUAGUGCUAUUUUUAGAGCAGGCCUGCGGGCGCCUCAUGUGGUCCUUGCGGGCGCCAUGGUGCCCGCGGGCACUGUGUUGGUGACCACUGUCCUAGAGGUUACAUUUUGGCCCCAUCAGAUCCCAUUAGUGGGCACAGGAAGCAAAGUAUGACCGCUAAAUUGAUGCCGUUCUUGUUGCUUUUCUGUCCUUUAGGCAUACUGUUUCUUUAUAAGAUGUGAUGGAAAACAUAGAGACGUUGCCAAAUCAAUAUGUAAUUCUGAAUGUUCUUGGUUGGUGCAUGAAACAAAGAUUUAGUUAACAACAUUUAAAACAAAAAAUGUACAAUUACAUUAAAUGGAAUGAGAGACUCACUCACAUUCACUCGUCUCAAAUAUAAUAUAUAAUUUGUCUUCGGCACGCUCAAAGUAAUAUUUAGCAGAAACCAGAGCACAAACUUUCAGGCUGGUGAGGGAAAAGCCUUUUUAAUAAAGCGGCUCUUACAAUAGCUACCAAAGCGUUGGUUCAACGUUAGGUGUAAUGAACAUGUAAGGGUUAAGUGCAGAGAGUAAAACUUGAGUCUUUAUCUCGAGAAAAGUGAGGUUGUCAAGUCACAUGGAUGGAUUGUAUAUACUGUAUACACUGACACUGUGCCAUAACUGUGAAAUGUUGUUGUACUUCAGUGUAUCGACGUCAUUACAUUUAUAACAUUUAAUAUUUUUAAAUGGGAUUUAUUUAACUGUAGGCUUAUAUAUAUGUAUAUA